GAUACCGUCCACAGCAGAAGAAAGAAGGGAAGACCGGAGGCAGAGGGAGCUUCAAUCUACAGGCGAAAAUGGUGAAGGGGCGUCAGGGCGAGCGUGUCAGGCUCUAUGUUCGAGGAACGGUUCUCGGAUACAAGAGGUCGAAGUCGAACCAGUACCCAAGCACUUCUCUGAUUCAGAUCGAGGGAGUGAACACUAAGGAAGAGGUGACCUGGUACCAGGGCAAGCGCUUGGCGUAUGUCUACAAGGCUAAGGUCAAGACCAACGGGAGCCACUACCGUUGCAUUUGGGGCAAAGUCAGUAGGCCUCACGGUAACAGUGGCGUUGUCCGUGCUAAGUUCAAGUCUAACCUGCCUCCCAAGUCCAUGGGUGAUAAAGUCAGGGUCUUCAUGUAUCCAAGCAACAUCUAAGCAUCGAAGGUAGAUAAUCUUGUUCUCGUUAACCUUUCGGUUCAAUAUUCUGGCAGUUGUCUGGGAACUGUUUCUCUGUAAUGUAACCUUUUGAGCUGAGUUGAUUAGGUUUUUGUAUAGAUUGAUAGCAAAAGCUGGUUUUGAAUUGAUUAGAGGGAUUGGUGAGUUGAGUGGGGAGUUGGGUUGGUGUUCUAGGUUUGAAAUAAUGAAAGACGGUAUUAGUAUUGCAUUACACUCUGGGAUUGUGAUGUGUUUGCUCUGGGUGAUUGGACUGCAUGAACGAAUGCAUAUUGUGCUUGGUUAUGGAAGACAGUAUUGAUUCCAUUUGCUAUCCCUCCCAAUGUGUUACAAUCAUCAAGGUGAUCAUGGGAUUUGAAAUGAAUUCAGUGACGUUAAUAUUAUCUGCAAUAUUUAACUACAGGCAGACUCAAUUACCUACCUCAAAUGCACUCCUAAAUAUGUGGUUAUUGUUCUCUACUGAAUAUACUCCCUUUGUGCAAAGGUCUAUCGUUUUCUUCUGGGUCUCUAACACUCUUAACUCAAAGUUGUGGCUGUUGGUGGAAGCUGGUUGUAUUAGGAUUUAAGAAGAAACUGAUUCCUUGUUCAACUUAUGAUUUAUGUUUUUUGAUUCUGAGUUUUGUUGUAUGCCUUCUUCUAGUAGGUUAUUGUACUCUGGCCUCUAAACUGUAGAUCUCUCAUUCUUGCAGUGCUCGUGCAGGUUGUGCGUCGCUGAAGCUGUUUAAUAUGGAAUUCAUCUUUGCACCGAGCUGAGUUCUAUAGGUUUUGGAUGUAGAAGUACUGGUUACGGUUAUUUACGUAUUUUCAGUGAGAGUAUGGACUGAUGUUGGUACCUUAGUGUUACAGUUGAUCAGAUUUUGUGUCUGGCAUCUCUAGAUUGUGUGCUCUGCUAUCCAACUUUACGACUUCUCCAGUGCUAUCUAGUUUUGUUCUCGUGGAAUCAAAAUUAAACCAGUAUUGGACUUGGAGUAAGCUAUUGCACCCAGCUCAGAAUUGAACCGAUUUUGUCUGUUUGAAUCUAUUUUUGGUGUAGUAGUUGACCCAGAAAAAUAAUCAGACUAUUCGUCGGCUGGUCAUGUACACAUGAUAUGGAAAAAAAAAUCCUCUUCCACGCGUUUGAUUCCGCAUGAACUGACACUUCUACUUUUCUAGUUCUUUUAUUAUAAACCCUAUAAGCUUGACCUUUAGUUGAGUAACCAAGAAAAGUAGCAGGAUCAGAUUUGGCAUCAAACUUGCCGAGAGAAUCUCGAGUGUUCAGCGUGUAACAAGGACAUCCAAAGGGGUGAAAGUAAGAUAUCUUUGGAGUUCUACCCUUUAGUAUUUCAUAAGGGUUUUUGUUCAAUUGUUUUCUAAUCAGAGCAACCACAGGACAAAAUUCGACAUACUCAUCCCAUAAUCCCUUUAUCUCUGUGUAAUACUAAUUAGUUGACUUGGUUCCCUGUUUACAAGCCAAAAUCUCAUCCUCCAGGUUAGCAAUUCUCAUUGCAUUUGGCUGCCCAAAACACAGUUUUUGGUCAAACCGAAAUUGACCGAUCUCCAACCCUAAUUGCAUACAUAAAAGAACCUCCUACCAAAACCUAAACUGAUAGGCUAUUUUUAAUGGUAUGAAACGGUUGAACCAUGAUUUCAACACAAAAUAUCCUAUUGGAUACGAAGAAGAGUGCGGGAUAUUUGCGGUCAAUUUCAUGUGGAGUGUAUGCCUCUUCCCAUUCUGGUGACGAUUCCUCCUUUUCUCAGUCCGAUCGGAAGUCGUUUUCGUACCUCUUUGUCUUUGCUUCUCUCCCGCCGACGAGCAGAUCUGGUCGAGGAAGUGUGAAGGAGAUUGGAUCAGGAGAUCCAUCCACUGUCUUUGCAAUUUCCACCCUUUUUGUCGUCGCGAUUCUGGGAUCGGUGGAUUCAUUGUACUUUCUGAUUUUUGUCAGGCCAUGAUAAAAUCUAAAAAAAUUA